CUGUUUUACUCACAAAUAUGCAAACUAGAAAACAAUCUUCAGGAAUAAAGAAUUUUAUUACUUCCCUUGGAAAGAAAAAAAUCUUUGGCAGAUGGAUCAAACCGCGGAACCACCACUCAACACACACCAGCAGCAACCAGAAGAAGUUCAACAUCAUGAGAAUGGUGCGUCUAAGAUGUUUAGGAAAGUAAAGGCAAGAGCUAAGAAGUUCAAGAACAAUAUUACUAAACAUGAUCAAAGCAAUGAGCAUGAUCAUGAUGUAGUUAAAGAAGAUGAUGAAGAUGACGAGCUAGAACCAGAAGUGAUCGAUACACCAGGUGUAAAAGGUAAACCAGAGUCUCUGAGUCAUCCGAGAGAAACUAAAGUUCCGGCAGCGGAGGAGAUUGUUCCUCCAGGGAAAAAGGUGUUUCCUGUCGCGUCUUCCGAUUACACCAAACCCACUGAAUCUGUACCAUCACAGGAUACCUCUUACGGACACGAUGCACCGGCUCAUUCUGUAAGAACGUCGGUUACAUCGGACAAGGAAGAGAGCAGAGAGGCUCAUCACGAGGCAAUGGACACUCCUCUGCUUUCUGCAACAGAGGAUAUCACGAGGACGUUUGCUCCUGCUGGUGAAGAUGAUUAUCUUGAUGGUCAACGGAAAGUCAACGUCGAGACACCGAUCAAGUUGGAGGAAGAUCCGGCUGUUACAGGAGGAGGGUCUGAUUAUCUUAGUGGUGCAUCUAAUCAUCAGUCCAAAGUUACUGAUCCCACCAAAGAAGGAAGUGGAGAAGCUAGAGUACCGGAGAUUACUGAGUCUCUUGGUAAUAUGAAAGUGACUGAUGAGUCUCCUGAUCAGAAACCACCACAAGGAUUUGAAAGAGACUUGUCGACGAGAAGCAAAGAAUUCAAAGAAUUUGAUCAGGACUUCGACUCUGUUCUCGGUAAGGAUUCGCCGGUGAAAUUUGCAGGUGAAUCAGAAGCUGAGCUAGAAAAAGAUUUUCCGAUGAGAAGCCAUACAGAAUCUGGAAUCGACAAGAAUUCUCCGACGGGCUUUGGUGGCGAAUCAGAAGCUGAGCUAGAAAAAGAUUUUCCGAUGAGAAGCCAUACAGAUUCUGGAAUCGACAAGAAUUCUCCGACGGGCUUUGGUGGCGAAUCAGAAGCUGAGCUAGAAAAAGAUUUUCCGAUGAGAAGCCAUACAGAUUCUGGAAUCAACAAGAAUUCUCCGACGGGCUUCGGUGGCGAAUCAGGAGUUGAGCUAGAAAAAGAUUUUACGACGAGAAGCCAUGAUUUUGAUAUGAAGACUGAAGCUGGGACGGACACGAAUUCUCCAUCAAGAAGCUAUGAAUUUGAUCUGAAAACAGAAUCUGGAAACGACAAGAAUUCUCCGAUGGGAUUUGGUAGUGAAACAGGAGCUGAGCUGGGGAGAGAAUUGCCGACGGGAAGUGAUGAAUUUGAUCAGAAGAUUGAAUCUGGAAGAAACGAGUAUUCGCCGGAAUCUGACGGCGGAUUAGGAGCUCCGUUGGGAGGAAAUUUUCCAGUGAGAAGUCAUGAGUUGGAUCUGAAGAAUGAAUCUGGUAUUGAGAAAGAUUCGCCGACGGGAUUUGACGGAGAACCAGAUUUUCUGGCGAAGGGAAGACCUGGAUACGGCGACGCAUCGGAAGAGAAUGACUUUCCGGCGAAAAGUGAUGAUGAGACUCAUGAUCAAUUCUCACCGGAACUAUCUCGUCCUAAAGAGAAAGAUGAGUUUAAGGAGUCCAGAGAUGAUUUUGAGGAGACGAGAGAUGAGAAAACAGAGGAGCCAAAAACGAGCACUUACACAGAGAAGUUUGCUUCAAUGCUAGGUUACUCCGGAGAGAUUCCGGCGGGAGAUCAAAGUGAAGUGACGGGAACUGUUGAUGAGAAGUUGACACCUGUCAAUGAGGAGGAUCAAGAAACAGAGUCUGCCUUGACGACGAAGUUACCUCUCUCUGGAGGUGGAAGUGGAGCGGAGGAGCAACGAGGGGAAGAUAAAAAUGUGUCGGGUAGAGAUUAUCCGGCGGAAAAACUGACGCCUGACGAAGAAGACAAAGCUUUUUCUGAGAUGAAUGCUGAGAAACUUCAGAUUGGAGGAGGAGAAGAGAAGAAGACAACGACGACAAAGGAAGUGGAGAAGAUCCCUACCGAGAAGGCGUCGGAGGAGGGAGAACAAGGUGAGGCGGUGGAUGAGGAAGUGAACGGAGGAGGAGGAAUGGUUGGGAGGAUUAAAGGAUGGUUCGGUGGUGCUGCGACGGAGGAGGUGAAGCCAAAAUCGCCACAUUCUGUUGAAGAGGCUCCAAAAACAUCCGGCUGGUUUGGUGGUGGUGCGACGGAGGAGGUGAAGCCAAAAUCGCCACAUUCCGUUGAAGAGUCUCCACAAUCACUUGGCUCAACCGUUGUUCCGCUGCAUAAGGAGCUUUAAGAAUAUGAGAACUGAGAUUUAAGUUUUACUUUUGAAUGUUUGUGUGUGUUUUGUUUGAUGUCUUUGAUGUAUUAUGAUAUAAUUCCUUGUUUGUGUGAAAAGGACUUUGGUUAAUAAAUUAUUGGUUUUGGAUUAA